AUGGUGUGGCAGUUGAAUACUGUCAAUGUUGUCUCUUUAACCAUUAUUGUUGGUGGUGGUGUGAAACAGAAAAUGGUUGGAAGAAACGAUGUUGCUAUUGUUGCUGCUUUGCAUGUUGUUGCUCAGGUUGUGCAGAAUCAGCCUAAUUAUGGUGGGAACGACGAGUUUCGGCAUUUGGGGAAGAAAUUUUUGAGAAAGUACUUUCCUAAGGAUGUUCGUGGGAAGAAGGAGAUUGAGUUUUUGGAGCUGAAAAUUUAUGAGGAAGAUAGUAAGGCUCAAUCGGCUCACUACAAGGGGCAGAGCAAGAGAAAAGGAAAGCAGAAUCUGAAUCGUGGGAAGCCAUAUAAUGCUCUAGCUGAUAAAGGUAAACAAAGAGUUGUUGGUGGUAAGAGGCCAAGUGGGGGAGGUGUUUCUACUCCUCUUAAGUGCUAUAGGUGCGAUGAGUUGGGUCAUUGUGUCAGUGAAUGCAAGAGUGAUGUGAAGAAGUGUUACAAGUAUGGGAAGUCUGGACAUUUGGUUGCUGAUUGCAAAGAGAAUAUGCUAGGCCUUGUUUUGUAUUCUAUGAGUGGAGAAAUGGUUAUCGAAACUUCUGCUAAGGGUUCGGUGACUACUACUUCAGUUUGUUUGAAUUAUCCUGUGUUGAUCUUUGAUAAAGAUUUUAGUGUUGAUCUUAUUUGCUUGCCAUUGGAUAAUCUUUAUGUUAUCUUGGGGAUGAACUGGUUUGAGUUCAAUCAUGUUUAUAUCAAUUGUUAUAACAAGUCGGUGCAAUUUCUUACUCCCGGUGAGGAGGAAGAAGUCAGUUUCUUGUCUACUAGAGAGUUGAAGGAGAUUUUGGAAAAGGAAGCUCAAGUAGUGCGUGAUUUUCCAGAGGUGUUUCCAGAUGAUAUUUCAGAUGUACCACUAGAGAGAGAGGUGGAGUUUUCUAUUGAUCUUGUCCUUGGUACCAUACCUAUUUCUAUGGAACCAUACAAGAUGUUUGCGUCGGAGUUAGCAAAGUUGAAGAAACAAUUAGAAGAUUUGCUAGAGAAGAGGUUUGUGAGACCAAGUGUGUCGCCUUAG